AUGGAUUCAGUAAACUUGUUCAAGUUGCUUCAACUAGUGGCUUCCCUGGCUGGAAUAUUUAUUUGUUGUAUCUGGUUAGGAGAACGUGUCCUCCCUUGUUUGGCCGCCAUACCUAUGGAAGAAGAGGGAGAAGAACGUCAGUUAGCAUAUCAGUCGGUGCGAGUGUGUGGCCUGCUUGGAAAAUGGAGGGUCAACAAGAAACGCAAAAAGUUAUUAAAGAAGUUGACAACGCAAGUGAGCGAAAUCGCUUCCGAUCCGGAAAAGGCUGAACUGAAGAAACACUUGAGAAGCCAUUUGCACGGCCUCCGUAGGGCGCAGAGAAAGGCAGAGAUAAAGUCGGAGAUCGAGCAGACUGAAGCCUGUGACUGUCAAGUCGAAUGGAGCAGCAAAACUGCCGAAACGCCUGAACGGACUGGGAAAGAAACAGGUGGUUCGCCUUUGGUGACAUGGACUGAAUCUCGGAAAACACCCGACUCUGAGGAGGAAACAGAAGCGACUUUGGAAACACCAGACUCUGAGGAAGAAUCAGAGGCGACUUGGGGAACACCCGGCUCUGAUGAGGAAACGGAAACGACUUUGGAAAUACCCGGCUAUGAGGAGGAAUCAGAGGCGACUUGCGGAACACCCGGCUCUGAUGAGGAAACGGAAACGACUUUGGAAACACCCGACCAUAAGGAGGAAUCAGGAGCUCCUUGGGGAACACCCGACUAUGUGGAAGAAUCAAAAGCUCCUUUGGGAACAUCCGACUAUGUGGAAGAAUCAGAGGUUCCUUGGGGAACACCCGACUGUGUGGAAGAAAUAGAGGCGCCUAGGGGAAUACCCGACCAUGAGGAGGAAAAAGAGGCUACUUUGGAAACACAAGAGAAGAACCAUGAGGUAAUCAGCAAUCUUCGUACGAAUAUGGCAAGACAAAAGGCUCGUGCAAAUGACGGAAGGAGACGGCGCAUGGUCACGAAUCCCUCCGUUCCCAAGGCAGAGGAACUUACAAGGAAGAUCGCUGAACUUGAGAAACAAAGAAAAGCGUUUGAAAUGGAAAGACAGGCCUUAGCCGAGGAGAAAGAAAACUGCCAGAGGCAAAAAGAGGAUUUUGAUCACGAAAGGAAAAAAUUCAAUGACAAUUUAAGUAAAAUCCGGAAAAGAAGAAACGAACUUGGGAGAACAAGAACUCUGCUUAGGAACGAGGCAGAGGAACUCGCGAGAGCUCAUGACGACCUCACCGUUCUGAAAGAGGCAUUGGACAGAGAAAGAGAGGCCCUCGAGGACGAGAGACAAGCUAACAGACGGCACCUAGACGAAGAGAGGGCCGCCGUGACGAGGGAAUGGCUGGCUCUAGAAGGCGCGAAAGAGGAUUUGUACCGAGAGAGAGAGAAACUACGCGCGGAAAGGGUGGCCCUCGACGAGGAAAGACAAGUGACUGCCAAGAAUAAAAAGGGCAGAGGAGGGAGGAAGGAAAGGGGGAGGGAACACGGAAAGGAGAACCAAAACUUGAGUGGCCGAUCGGAUAACGAUACCUUUGAUCAAAACAACGUUUAUGAACUCUUGGAGUUAAUCGAUGAAAGAGUGACCGCAAGUAUAAGUCACGCCCUGAGAUCUUGGGAGAAGCGCCUUCUGGAAAAGCUCCGGCUUCCACGCGAUAAAGCCAGCAAGGACCAACGCGACACUUCUGGACGCGGAAAGAGCAGCGCUACCGUUUCCAUGAAGGAAUCCACUGGAAAACUGCAGGAGAAGCUGGAAAUUUUGAGAAGAGAUAAGGCGCAUCUUUUGAAUCAGGUUGAACACCUGCAAAAGGAACACAACGAUGUUGUCGUGGACUUGAAGGAAACCAUUGGCAAACAACAACAGCAACUGGAAUUCCUGGAACAAGAGAAUGCCUUCCUUUUAAUGCACAACGCCGAGCUGAAAAGGGAACUCGGAGAUGCUGCCAGCAACCUGAGUGAAACAAAUGAAGAACAGAAAGGUCAGCUGGAAACAUGGAAAGGUGAAAAAUCAAGUGUUAUAGUGCAAAUUGAAAAAUUACGAAAAGAAAAGAAGAUUACUGUUAGGAGACUGAAAAGCGUUAUUCAAGCACAAAAGCGUCAAAUCGAUAUUUUGGAAAAGGAGAAAGCAAGUCUUGCAGCGAAAGUUGGCCAUCAACACACGGAACAAAACAGUGAUGACAAGAUCCUGGAAAACAUUGUACAACAACAACAAGACCAACUGGACACUCUGGAAAAAGAAAAGGAGAGUCUUUUGAGGCAAGUUCACCAUCUGAAAGAAGAAAACGCCACUGUCAGGAGUCUGCGGAAAAUCAUAGACAUACAAAACCAGCAACUGAACAUUCUGGAAAGAGAAAAGAAAAGUCUUUUGGCGCAUAUUGAGCUUCUGAGGAAAGAAGACCACUCGAUUCGCCAGGAGGUGGAGGAGCUGAUCAGGCAGAUGGAAAUCGUCUGGGAUGUCGAAAAGUUUAAACUCGAUUCGAAAAUGGACGACAAAGUGAUUAAUCUGCACCAGGAGAUUCAGAGGCUCACGAAGGACAGCGCUAAGAAGGACAGCGCCGACAUUGGGAGGAUGGAAGAUGAAGAAGUACUCGUGUGGGUGACAGAAAUGGAGGAGCAGGCUGCGCUCAAACAGGAACCAGGCGAAGAAUUCAGCAGAGAAUUAAACAAGUCCUCCAAAGAAGAGAAUUAA